AUGGGAGCAGUGGCUCUUCCCUUUCUCCCGCUUCCUUUCUCCACCCCCAGCCCCGGGCUGGGGAGGCGGGAGGCGGCGGCGCUGCAGCCCGGCCAGCGGCGGGGCGCGGGGCCAGGGGCAGCCUCACGCGGCCCUCUCUCCGCCUCCGCUGAAACACCUGCGGGGGGAAGGAUGUCGGGGAACGGCCGCCCCCGUCCGCGGGAGCGCGGGCUGGCGCCAGUGCCGCCCCGGCGAGAAGGAGUAGGAGGAGAAAGAAGAAGAGGAGAGGAAGAGAAAGGAGCAGGAGGGAAGUGGGGAAGUUGUCCCUUGCCCGCCCGGUCAGGAGCCGGAGCCAUGGGCCCCGGCGGGGGUGCUCGGGCCGCCCCCUCGCUGCUUCUCUCACUGCUGCUCGGGGCCUCGGCCCCGCUCUGGCUGCGGGCGGAGAAGCUUGGGGAUGGAUGUGGGCACAUGGUGAUGUAUCAAGACAGUGGAACCCUGGCAUCCAAGAACUAUCCUGGGACAUACCCCAACUACACUCUUUGUGAAAAGAAAAUCCAAGUGCCUCCAGGGAAACGCCUGAUCCUAAAAAUUGGAGACCUGGAUAUUGAAUCUCAGAAAUGUGAAUCCAGCUACCUUACCAUUCAGAGCUCUUCAACAUUGCAUGGGCCAUACUGUGGUAAUGUGAUGCCUGUUCCCAAAGAAAUCAUUUUGGACAGCAAUGAAGCAACAGUUCACUUCGAGAGUGGAUCCCAUGUGUCAGGACGAGGCUUUCUGUUGUCCUACGCCAGUAGUGAUCAUCCAGAUCUGAUCACAUGUUUGGAACGAGCAAACCAUUACACAAAGGCUGAAUACAGUAGAUACUGUCCUGCUGGCUGCAGAGACAUAGCAGGUGACAUUUCUGGGAACAUUGGAGAAGGAUACAGAGAUACCUCGUUGCUGUGCAAGUCGGCGAUACACGCGGGCGUCAUCGCGGACGAGCUGGGCGGGCAGAUCAGCGUCACCCAGCAGAAGGGCAUCAGCCGCUACGAAGGUGGCGUCGCCAACGGCAUCCCCUCGCAUGAGGGUUCGCUCUCAGAUAAGCGGUUUAUAUUUACUUCAAAUGGCUGCAAUAAAUCCCUCAGUCUGGAAGAGGGAUUCCUCUCCAAGAGCCAGGUUACUGCAUCUUCCUACUGGGAGGAGACCAACGAAUUUGGGCAGCUAUUCCAGUGGUCUCCUGACAAGGCUUGGCUUCACGUCCCAGGACUGGCUUGGGCCUCUAACCACAGCAGCAACCGUGAAUGGUUGGAGAUAGACCUGGGAGAGAAGAAGAGAGUAACAGGGAUCAGGACCACUGGUUCAGGAGCCACUAUGCUGAAUGUCAACUUUUUUGUGAAGACAUUUACCAUGAACUACAGAAAUAACAACUCAAAAUGGAGAACUUACAAAGGGAUUCUGAGCAAUGAGGAAAAGGUAUUCCAAGGCAACUCCAACUCUGGUGACAUAGUACGCAACAACUUCAUCCCUCCCAUAGUGGCCCGCUACGUGCGCAUUAUCCCUCAGACCUGGAACCACAGAAUAGCUCUGAAGCUGGAGCUGAUGGGCUGUCGAAUAAUGCAAGCUAAUAGUUCAUUUACCCAUUCAAUGUGGCAAAAACCAAGUCAGAGCACAGCAGCUUCCCUUGGAAAAGAAGACAGGACUGUUACAGAGCCCAUCCCAGCAGAAGAAACUAACUUGGGUUUAAAGCUUACAGCUAUAAUUGUCCCUGUCCUCAUCGUGCUGUGUCUGUUCCUGUUCUCUGGAAUUUGUAUCUGUGCAGCCCUACGCAAGCGAGAAGCCAAAGGACUUUCUUAUGGAUUAUCCAGUGCUCAGAAAUCAGGCUGUUGGAAACAAAUCAAGCAGCCUUUCACCAGACAUCAGUCAACUGAAUUUACCAUCAGCUAUAAUAAUGAGAAGGAGACACCCCAAAAACUAGAUCUCAUCACCAGUGACAUGGCAGAUUACCAGCAGCCCCUCAUGAUUGGGACUGGGACAGUAACAAGGAAAGGAUCUACUUUUCGACCCAUGGACACAAAAGAUGAGGGAAGAAGAGGGAGUUUAGAGUUUGAAAAUCACUAUCACUGUCCACACAGAGGUAACCGGCACGAAUAUGCUCUGCCCCUGGCCAGCCAGGAGCCUGAAUAUGCUACCCCCAUCAUCGAGCGGCACGCAGCAAGAGAGAACAGUUUCCCCUCUGAGAACGGCUACAACAUACCUGUGGCCUCGUCUCAGAAACACUCCCUUCCCGCUGGCAGCUUCUCCGGUUCAGCUAAGGCCGACGCCAGGAACGGAGACUAUCAGACACCCCAGAGUGUCAUGAACUACGACAAACCCAAAGCGAACGGUGUCCUGACCUCCGUCAGCUACAGCACGGACUACCAGAAGCCUCAGCCCAACGGUCUGGGGAGCGAGGGCUACUCAACACCCAGAGACUGUCUAAAGCCCAUAAGCCAGACAGCGAUGACAGCUCUCUUGUGAUGUGCCCAGCAGCAGAGACACGGCGCGCAGGAGCAACACCGCACAGCCUUCUGAAGCAGAAACCGGAGUUUGGAGGGACUCUGCUGCGGGAGGCAGAAGGCAAACAAGCCCUGUGUACAUAAUAUUUCAGUCUUGCUGGGUUCUGACAUCUGAAGAAAGCAUAUGCUGUUUAUCACUGUUUAUAGCAAGAGAGAUGUUAUCAGUGAAGACUGUACAUCUUAUUUUCUGUAACUGAUCUCAGUGCUCCACUUGCAAUGUGUGCAAUUUGUACAUAGCUUUUAUUUAAGGAGAAUUAUCUUAAGUUUCCUUUCCCACCUGGGACAUCGAAAGGAUUGCAGAAAUACCUAUUUAAGACAAACAAGCCUCCUUCUCCAUCCUUAUUUUACCUGCUGUUGUGCUGGCAGCUGUAAACAGCAUACCCGAGAACUGUGAUUCAUCUUCUUUCCUAUGAUAACUCAAGAUAGGGCAUCACUGUAGUUCUUACUGGGAGGAUAGAAGAAGUUAAACUACUUGAAGCAUAACAUGCACAAGAGAAGGCAGCUGAGCAUCUAAAUGCUGUGUUCAAAUCCAUCUUCCUGACUGCCUUUUUAGCAGCAGUUCUUGUAUGCUUGAAUUUGAUCUAGCUUACAAGCUGAGCCUAACUUCCUACUCAUGUUAGAAACAGGUAGAAAGGCUGAAACCAGUUUGGGAUUCAAACCACGGUAAUUACUCUGCAAUACAAACAAAAAUGAACAACAAACCCAACACCUUUCAAUCCAGCCUGUUUUCCAGGAAGCGUGUGUGGAACCAAAAUGAGAAUUUACAGCUGAGAAUUAAAUCUCAUUGAAUCCCUGGCUGAUGCUUUUGCUGCUAAAACACAAGGAAAUGUGUUCCUUGGCACAAAGCAGCAAACUUCCUGAACUCUUCAUAUCACAGCUAGGUAUUUUUCUGUCUUACAAAUGUAGUGUAACAGUUCUAUUUGAAAUAUUUUGGCUAAGUGAAACACGGUCUGUGUAUGGCUUACUGUUGCAGUUCAACUUGCAAGGCAGCAGAUCAGCGCAGUUGUUUCCCAACAGGUUGUCUUUUGCAGCUAAUGCUACCCUUCAGUCUGUUCUUGGACAGACAUCCACGGGGAUGGUGCAAUGGAUUGCACGGUAGCUGGUUGCUCUUCCAGCAGGGUCAUCGCUGGAGCAAAACAACAUCUGCUAGCAACUGGGACUGUACACUGCCCUUCCACCUGCAAUGCUUGAAGCAUCACUUUGGAUUCAGAAGCUUGUCCUAAGAUGUGAUGUACUUGGGGGAAGGAAGACUGGUGCUAUAUUUAUUGUACAAGGUUGUGAAAAGAGACCAGUAAAGCCUGAGCUCAGGGACAGCCACUAGCUAAAGGCCCUCCCUUUCCUUCUGUGUGAACGGGAGAUAAUUUGCAACAGAUGCAAUGAAGACUUGUAGUCUGUUUGCAAAGUGCUUAUAGAGGCCUUGGGCAACCUGCUCCAGUGGAAGGUGUCUCUGCCCAUGGCAGGGAGGGUUGAAACUGGAUGAUGUGUGAAGUCCCUUCCAUGCCAAACCAUUCUGCAACUCCUUGGGUGGAAAGUGAUGUCGGAGCAUGGACCAGUUGCAGUGAUACUACUCACAAAUAUUGCUAAGCCCAGCCACAGUCAACCUUCAGGCAAGAUCUUAGUGGGUUCUUUGCUGCAUCUGCUUGUUUUGUGGCUUCAGUGGCACCAGUCACUCUCACUGCACGCCGUGCAUGUGAUUCCUGUGCAGAGAAGAGAGAGUCAAGGUAACCUCGUAGCCUGCCUGUGUUUGCUGUCAAUACAGUUUCUGUGAAAUGUCUGAAACACCUCAGGUCCUGAAGUGAAACAGCAGCAGCCUGUUUGUUAGACCGAGCUGGGCGGUGUUGUUUACCUUCUGUUGUUUACAUGUCUGUGUAAAUAAAGAACACUGGUAUUUGUAAAUCA